UCAGUGUCGGCUGGUUCAAUCAAAGCCUUGUAGGGUGGAGCAUACAUUGUCGUGGUUGACAUGGAAAGAGUCGCCCAUGGAUGACAAAGACGAGGAAUGGUGUGCUGCCCCCCCGCCCUAAGCCGUCAUGGGCGACUGGAGUCUCUUGGGGAACGUCCUGGAGGAGGUUCAGGAGCAUUCCACCUCGGUGGGGAAAGUGUGGCUCACCGUGCUCUUCAUCUUCCGCAUCCUAGUGCUGGGCACGGCGGCCGAGUCGUCGUGGGGGGACGAGCAGAGCGACUUCCUGUGCGACACGCAGCAGCCCGGCUGCACCAACGUGUGCUACGACAGCGCCUUCCCCAUCGCCCACAUCCGCUACUGGGUGCUGCAGAUAGUCUUCGUCUCCACGCCGUCGCUCAUCUACAUGGGCCACGCCGUGCACACGGUGCGCAGUGAGGAGAAGCGGCGGCGGAGGGAGCAGGAGGAGAGGGAGGCCCGUGCGGAGGGCGGCGGGGCGGACCUGGAGGCGGAGAAGGAGUACCUGCAGCAGGGGGGGAUGUCGGAAAGGCCGAGCCGCGUCCGCCUUAAAGGAGCUCUGCUGCAAACCUACGUCCUCAGCAUCCUCAUCCGCACCGCCAUGGAAGUCAUCUUCACCGUCAUCCAGUACUUGAUUUACGGCGUCUUCCUCAAGGCGCUCUACCUGUGCACGUCGUGGCCGUGCCCCAACCCGGUUAACUGCUACAUGUCCCGCCCUACGGAGAAGAACAUCUUCAUUGUCUUCAUGCUGGUGGUGGCCGCCGUGUCCUUGGCGCUAUCUGUGCUGGAGCUCUACUACCUGGGCUGGAAGAGCACGAGGUCGUGCAUCCGCCGAAAAAGGGCGCAACACGCCGUGGACGCCGCCUUGGAGCACAACAGCCUGCCUCCGCCCUCGGACUCCCCCACCCCUCCCCCUGACUUCAUCCACUGCGCCAUCACCUCCUCCAUGACCCCCAUGGCGUCCAUGACCUCCAUGGCCUCGCACCCCUUCAGCAACAGGGUGGCGCUACAGCAGAACUCGGCCAACCUGGCCACCGAGCGCCACCACAGCCGCGACAACCUGGAGGACGACCGGCACUUCCUGGUGAGGUACCAGCACCAGGCACCCAAUGAGCUCCCCAACAUCAACAACAACUGCCACCCGUUGCCCGCGCUGCAUUCAGGGUACACCAGGGACAAACGACGUCUGAGCAAGACAAGCGGAAGCAGCGGAAGUCGGGCUCGUCAAGACGACCUGGCCGUUUAAAAUGGUGGACCAAAGAGAUGCACCAUCCGUUAGUUGUGAACUCCUUGACCACCUUUGGGGACCAAUUUUAACCCCCAAAACUGACUCAUGAACUACAGAGAACAGGGUAACAGGUGGGAUCCUUCACUAUUGCACAUUUUGGAAUAUGAAAUGCCAAUAAAAAGGCGAGAAUGACCUAAAAAUGUAGACAUGGUUUCACUUAAAGGGGUCAUAUGACUUUUUUUCUACAUUUAAAAAAAAUUCCUUGAGGUCUACAUAACAUGUAAUGGCGGUUCUUUGGUCAAAAUUUUGCAUAGAUUUCAUUUUACAGACCAUCUUCCAAGACCCAUUCUGACCGUCUCUUCAUAUUGACGUGCCUCCACUGUGACUGCGUUUUCUCCUCGCCAUUUUUGUGGUCGUUUUUAGCACUUCCAUAUGGAGUUUACUGACUGAUAUAAGUUCAAACUAUACACUGCUUUAUAUUUUAAAAAAAUGGCAACAUAGGAGGAUGCAUGUGCUUGUACGAGCCAGUCUGCCCCACAACAAGAGGAUAGAGAAAAAGAAGGAGCUCGUUGACUACAGCAUCGGACUACUAUGGCAGACUCACGCAAAGCUCUUCGGGUAAAUCUCUACUGAAGACGGAGAUGUCCUCUGACGUCACACUUGGGGGAAAAAAAUGUCACAAAUUGGGCAAAUUGCAAACGGCUCGUUUGGAGGAAGUAUACUGAACAAAAAUAUAAAAACGUAACACUUUUGUUAUUGCUCCCAAUUUUCAUGAGACGUAAAACUUGUACGACAUAUAGUACAGGCCAAUAGUUUGGACACAUCUUCUCAUUCAAUGGGUUUUCUCUAUUUUCAUGACUAUUUACAUUGUAGAUUGUCACUGAAGGCAUCAAAACUAUGAAUGAACACGUGGAGUUAUGUACUUAAAAAAAAUUUUAAUAACUGAAAUCAUGUUUUGUAUUCUAGUUUCUUCAAAAUAGCCACCCUUUGCUCUGAUUACUGUUUUGCACACUCUUGGCAUUCUCUCAAUACGCUACAAGAGGUAGUCACCUGAAAGGGUUUUCACUUCACAGGUGUCACAGUUGUGAUGCCUUCAGUGACAAUCUACAAUGUAAAUAGUCAUGAAAAUAAAGAAAACGCACAAUUGACCACUCAAUGGUAACACCAGAAUAAGUUUUUCAACUUGUUUAAGUCGGGGUCCACUUAAAUUGAUUCAUGAUACAGAUAUAUACUAUCAGAUAUAUACUAUCAUGGAUUAUCUUGGCCAAGAAGAAGUGCUCACUAACACAGAUUUAGACCGAUUUGUGAAUAUUUGAGAAGAAUAGGUAUUUUGUGUAUAUUACAAACGUUUUAGAUUUUUGAGUUCAACUCGUGAAAAAUGGGAGCAAAAAGAAAAAGUGUUGCAUUCAUAUUUUUGUUCUGGUAUGAAGGAAGGCAAGAUUGUUUUAUAAAUAUUUUCACCAUGCCUCCAUUGUUUGAUUUUACAUUUUCUGCACUUAUGCAGAUCCCAAAUACACAAAAACAGGUACCAACAGGUUAAAAAAAAGUUGUUUAUGCAUAAUAGGUGCCCUUUAAAUGAUGAGCUGUGAAGAUGGCCUUGGAUCACUGUGAAUCGAGUGCCUUAGUGAGUCACAGGAUUAAACAUAUGUUAUGAAGAAAAGCCAUGCAAGUACAAAAAUGUGUGUAAGAAAAAAAGAUACAUUAGUACCAGUAGUUUGAAAUAUGUGGCUUGCAGGUAUGACUUACAUGGGAGCUUUUCAAUUCAAUUGAAUCUAAGCAAAACUUUGAUUAAGAAUUAUUAUCUGUGUACAAUUAUGGUAUAUAUUUCUAAUGUAGCUUUGUUUUGAUAAAAUUACUAAACAAGUCUAGAUGGAGCCCACGUACCAGCAGUGGUGCUUAAACACUGUACACUAAAUUCCAGGAAUGCCUGUCGUGAGGAUAUUUGGCCACCAGGUGGCGACCCUGCACUUAUUUGUCAAAGUUUUCUCGUUUAUUUUUCCUUUUACUUGAUGUCGACAGUGUAUUUUAUUUCAAGUAUUGUCUUCAUAUUUAUAUAAUAUGCUUGCACUGGUUAUGGAUCAUUAUUUUUUGCAGGAAACGUUGCAGCCUUUGAAGUGUGGCAUAGCAAUUCAUCUAGUGAGUCUGGUUCAUUCAUAUAUACACUUUUGGUUGUUUCACAUUAAAAUGCAUCAGUUGUCAUCUCUUUUCCAUCA